AUGAAGGGUCUCCCAGUCCUGCUGUGGCUGUGUGUGGCUGUGUGCUCGUCCUACCCACUGCACGGCAGGGUGAAGAAUGACGACACCGGCAUGGAGCUUCUGCAGAAAUACCUAGAAAACUACUAUGGCCUUGAAAAAGGUGUGAAGCAGUUUAUUAAGAAUAAGGACAGUAGUCCUAUUGUCAAAAAAAUUCGAGAAAUGCAGAAGUCCCUCGGGUUGGAAAUGACAGGGAAGCUGGACUCCAACACUAUGGAGCUGAUGCACAAGCCCAGGUGUGGCGUCCCCGAUGUUGGUGGCUUCAGUACCUUUCCAGGUUCGCCCAAAUGGAGGAAAAACCACAUCACCUACAGGAUUGUGAAUUAUACACCAGAUUUGCCAAGAGAGAGUGUGGAUUCUGCCAUUGAGAAAGCUUUGAAGGUCUGGGAAGAGGUGACCCCACUCACUUUCUCCAGGAUCUCUGAGGGAGAGGCUGACAUAAUGAUCUCCUUUGCAGUUGGAGAACAUGGAGACUUUGUCCCUUUUGACGGGCCUGGAACAGUCUUGGCCCAUGCCUAUGCCCCUGGACCAGGGAUUAAUGGAGACGCUCACUUUGAUGAUGAUGAACACUGGACAGAGGAUGUCUCCGGUACCAACCUAUUCCUGGUUGCCGCUCAUGAACUUGGCCACUCCCUGGGUCUCUUUCACUCAGCCAAGGCUGAAGCUUUGAUGUACCCAGUCUACAAGUCCUCCACAGACCUGUCCCGUUUCCAUCUCUCUCAAGAUGACGUGGAUGGUAUUCAGGCCCUCUAUGGAGCUCCCACAGCACCCCCUGAUGUCCUUGUGGUACCCACCAGAUCUAACUCUCUGGAACCUGAGACAUCACUAAUGUGCAGCUCUACACUGUCCUUUGACGCUGUCAGCACCCUGCGGGGAGAAGUCUUGUUUUUUAAAGACAGGCACUUUUGGCGCAAAUCUCUCAGGAGCCCUGAGCCUGGCUUUUAUUUGAUCUCUUCAUUUUGGCCGUCCCUUCCGUCCAACAUGGAUGCUGCAUUUGAGGUCACUGACAGAGACACUGUUUUCAUUUUUAAAGGAAAUCAGUUCUGGGCUAUCCGAGGGCACGAAGAGCUGGCAGGUUAUCCUAAAAGCAUUCACACUCUGGGUCUCCCUGCAACCGUCCAGAAGAUCGAUGCUGCCGUUUCUAAUAAGGAGAAAAAGAAGACCUACUUCUUUGUAGGGGACAAAUAUUGGAGAUUUGAUGAGAAGAAACAAGCCAUGGAGCCAGGAUUUCCCAGGAAGACAGCAGACGACUUUCCAGGCGUUGACUCAAAACUUGAUGCCGUCUUUGAAGCCUUUGGAUUUCUCUACUUCUUCAGUGGAUCUUCACAGUUGGAGUUUGACCCAAAUGCAAAGAAAGUGACCCAUAUAUUGAAGAGCAACAGCUGGUUCAAUUGUUAA